AUGACUGCUCAAGGAUUUUUAAAAGUCAAAGGAACCAAAAUUGUUGACCAGAAUGACAAGCCUGUUGUUCUGAAGGGUGCUGCCAAUGGUGGUCACCUCAACAUGGAGAACUUCAUUACUGGUUAUCCUGGUACUGAAACUGAACAUAAGGAAGCUCUUUUAAAGGUUCUUGGUCAAGAGAAGUUUGAUUUUUUCUUUGAAAAGUUCUAUGAAUACUUCUGGACUGAUAAGGAUUCUGAGUUUUUCGCUUCAUUGAAACUCAACUGUCUUAGAAUUCCAUUCAACUAUCACCACUUUUUGGACGACAAUGAUCUUACCAAAGUCAAGCCUGAAGGUUUCAGAUUACUGGACCGUAUCGUCGACAGUUGUGCUAAGUAUGGCAUUUACACAAUUCUAGAUUUACACACUGCUCCUGCUGGUCAAAACCAAGGCUGGCACUGUGAUGCAGGUCUCCACAAGGCUCUGUUCUGGAACUUUAAUAGCCUCCAAGACAGCAUCAUUGAUCUCUGGAAGGUCAUUGCUGCUCAUUACAAAGAUAACACCUGGGUCGCUGGUUACAACCCAUUGAACGAGCCUGCUGAUUCUAAGCAUCACAGAUUGAUUUCUUUCUACGACAAGUGUGAAAAGGCUAUUAGAGAAGUUGAUCCUAACCAUAUCCUCUUUUUGGAUGGUAACACUUAUUCAAUGGACUUUUCCCAAUUCCCUCUUGAUAGAGUUUACCCUAACACUGUGUAUGCUAUUCACGAUUAUGCUAUCUACGGAUUCCCUAGCUGCAAGGAAAAGUACGUAGGAAGCGAUGAGCAAUUGGGCAAACUCAAGUCCCAAUAUGAGAACAAGAUCGAUUACAUUAAGAAGAUCCAAGUUCCUGUCUGGAAUGGAGAAUUUGGACCUGUCUACUCUUCUGAAGUUAGAGGUGAUAAAAACAUCGAAGAGACCAAUCUUGUCAGAUACAAGGUACUCAGAGAUCAGCUCAAGAUCUAUGCCAAGGGUGAUCCCAGUGGUGAUGAGUCCCCAAUUUCUUGGUCUAUCUGGUUAUACAAGGAUAUUGGAUAUCAAGGUUUAACUUAUGUUUCUCCCAAGUCCAAGUGGUUCCAAUUGCUUGGACCUUGGUUGGAGAAGAAGAAGAAGUUGGGUCUUGACGGUUGGGGUAAAGAUUCCGAUCCUGAGAUCGAGAAGAAUGUCUAUGAUCCAGUUAAAAAGCACUUCAAGGAGGUCAUUCCUAAGGAGUUCCAAAGCAUUGUUUACCCAACUCACAGAAACUUUGAGAACUACAUUGACCGUGUUCUUCGAGAAAAUCUCUUAUCUCAGUACUUAACUUAUGAGUUUGCUUCCUACUUCAAGGGCCUCUCCUUUGAGGAUUUGGAUGAGUUGGCUGCUUGUUUCAAGUUUGAGAACGUUGAAAAGAGAGAUGUCCUUAACCAAUAUCUUGCCGAAUACUAA